AUGCCCGAUGCCCCACACCACAUGGAGACCAUGGAUGCCGGCUGGCUUCCUCCCAGCCUGCCCCUCGGGCUUGUCCUCCGCGCGGCGAGCGUGACGGCUGGGGGGGCUUCGUCCAACGAGACCGACCAGUCGUUCAUGCAGACCUAUGACACAGGCACCUUCCUCGCGUCGUUGUGGACGAACAUGGUGCUCGCGAGCUUGUGGUUCCUGCUAUGGAACGGACUCCGGCGCGUCGUCAAGGCUGUAUAUGAGCCGCGCACGUACAUUCCCCCACGAGAUCAGCAGGCCCCACCGCUGGGCACCGACCCAAAGGAGAUUCUGAACAAGAACGGGGUCGACCCAUACAUUUUCGUGCGCUUCUUACGGUUGCUCAUGAAGGCCGUGAUCCCCAUCUGGCUGGUGAGCUGGGUCGUUCUCUUUCCCAUCAACUCGGUAGGCGGAGCGAGUAGAACGGGACUGGACAUGUUCGCCAUGUCGAACAGCCCCAAACUGAAGCGGUACUGGGCGCACCUGUGCCUCGCGUACUUGUUCAACGGCUGGAUCAUGACGCUUCUAUGGCUCGAGAUGAAAGUGUGGCUCAAGACCCGCCAAGAAUGGCUCGUGUCUCCCAAGCACUCGUGCACCGCGCAAGCCAGUACAGUGCUCAUCACUGGCAUUCCCGAGGAACUCAUGGACGAGGACGCGCUCACCAAGCUCUACUCGUACUUGCCUGGUGGUGUCUAUCGCGUGUGGCUUCAGCGUGACCUGCGGGACAUGCCAAAGGUGUGGCAGAAGCGAAUCAGCGCAUGUCAUGCCCUAGAGGACGCCCAAACUGCUCUGAUCCGUACGGCCAACAAGAUCGACGACAAGGUUCGAAACCUCGAAGCGCAUAACAAGCCCGUUCCUGAGUCACUCCGCGCACCGUCAAAGGAGGGCGAGAACGGGACAGCGACUGCAGAGAUCGUACCGGAUGCCUCCCGACCGAAAAUCAGACUCAAGCCGUCGUGGGCACCGUUCUCCCUCGGGUGGCUGGGCGUGGGCGAGAAGGUUGAUGCCAUCACCUACUAUCGCAAAGAGGUCGAGGAGUGCACCAUCACGCUCACCAAGCAGCGGAAGCAGCUCGAGCACGACAUCCUCACACCUGGUAAUGCCCAGGACUUUUACAAGCCGCUCUCCGCGGCGUUCAUCUGCUUCAAUCAGCAAAUUGCUGCUCAUAUCGCAAAGGUUUUCCUGCCGUACGGCGAGCCAUAUCACAUGGCGCACCGAUACAUCGAGCUGUCUCCUGACAAUGUCAUCUGGGGCAACAUGGGCAUCAAGUCGGAUUACGAGCUUCACCUGCGCACAGCUGUGUCUUUCCUGAUUACGGCAGGCCUGGUGAUCGCGUUCAUCUUCCCAGUCGUGCUUGCAACCUUUGUUUUGCCACGAGCGGCCAACACGUCCAUUAUCGGAAACGUGUGGGGAGUGGGCAGCAUCGCUGUCAAAGGGGAGGGCUUUGGCUCAAAGCUCCUUCUAGGCCUGCUCACAGGUCUCGUACCCCCCAUCCUCCUCAUGCUCAUCCUGAUGAUUGCGCCGACGCUGCUGCGACAGUUGGCCAAGCUGCACAACUUCACCAAGACGGAGAUAGAGCUUGACGUUAUGGACCGCUACUUUGCGUUCCUGCUCAUCGAGCGAUUCCUCAUCCCCACGAUUGCAACACUGCUCCCUGAAGGCAACACGACUCAGGUGCAAUGGUGGCCUGACUUUAGCCAGGGCGCAUCCAAAGCACUCCAGAAGGCGUUCGAGAUUCAGCUCCCACAGGCAUCGACCUUUUUCAUCACGCUACUGCUCCUGCAGGUGACUGGCCAGUUUGUCCAGCUGUUCUCGCCCAUCACGCUCAUUAUCUACUACUCAAAGGUCAUUCUUGGAAGCGGCACCCCGCGAUCGUUUUACAACGCCCGGUAUAAGAUGAACAGCCCCGCCUGGGGAUCGGAAUGGCCAAACAUGACCGUGUACUUUGUUAUCCUCAUCGUGUACAUGGUCAUCGCGCCCGUUAUCAAUGGUUUCGGCGCCAUCCUCGCCGUCGUCGCGUACCACGUCUACAAGUACUUGUACCUGUGGGUCCUGGAACAGAAGCCGACGCUCGACACGGGCGGCGAGUUCUUUCCACGGGCCAUCACGCAUGUGUUUGUCGGCAUCUAUAUCGGCGAAGUCGCCCUGACCAUCAUCUUCUUUGGCAAGGGCAUCGAUACGCUGCCGCUGGCCAUCUUGAUGAUCAUCCUAAUUGUUGCAUCGGUUGCGGUCCAGUACAUGCUUGUCACUGCGUACAAGCCCCUGCUGAACCCCCUGCCCCUGUCGCUGGCGCAUCUCACGCACGGCCAGCCGUCGGCGGACGCCAAGUCGGACGACGAUCAGGACGACAAAGUGCCCGACUUAUCGAACGGGACCACGGGUGUGGACGACGAGGACGCUAUGUGGUACAGGGACCCGGUCAGCCCGGUCAGCAAGGGCGUCUCCAAGCGCCAGAGCGUGAUCAGCAUGCGAAGCUGGCAGCUACCACAGAACUCUCCUCGCGUUCGUGCUCACGGGCGGCCGUCCGCGACAAGCUCCCCAGCCGUUCCGCCACUCGUGCGGCCGUCCGCGACAAGCUCCCCAGCCGUUCCGCCACUCGUGCUGCCCUCACCGAAACCAGUAGCCACGAAACCUGAGGACGUCGAGAUGAGCGACCUGCGCGCGACACGGCGGGCCACAGUCACGAGUUGGACCGCCGUCCCCCCGUCUCCAACGUCGGCCGUCCCCCCAUCUCCAACAUCCGCCGUCCCUCCAUCUCCAACAUCCGCCGUCCCUCACACCCCGACAUCCGCCAUCGGUCCAUCCCCAUUGUCUGCAGUCACGCCGUCCCCGACGUCGGACGACGCACAGACUGACGAGGUCACCGAGGACCUGCACUCGGAGACGCCAAUUAACCGGCCGCGCCUCGUCUCUGGUGGCCGGAGUCGGUCCAUGUCACUGGCCCCGUGGGAAGACCACCGGCAUAAGCGAUCCAACUCGGCGCCGCAAUGGGAGCUGCGCCGAUCGUCGACGAGCCGGUCGAUCGAAGCCAACCAGGAAGACAUUAGGCGCUACUUUGCGCGCCCCGGUGGGCCUGGUGUCAUUCGUCCACCAGACGACAGUGCGUCGCCAGCAGCAUUCUUCCAUCCUGCCACGCACCAGCCGCAGCCCAUCAUCUGGUUACCGCAGGACGACCUCGGCGUCGCGCCCGAGCAGGUCCGCGAGAACAGGAAGGAGGGCGUCAAGAGCACGACGCGCAAUGCUGUACUGGACGCGAAGAACCGCGUGCUCGUCGUCGGCCCAGCCCCAGAUGACAAGUAG